UUUCUUCACUAGUUCUAGAAAUAGGAGCUGAUGUAUAUUCAGUUCAGUGAGUCUUCAGUCAAGUAUAAUGUUCCUAUUAACAUCUACUUUGCUGUUAAUUUCCACAGGUGUGUGUGAAUCUCACUACCAGCAAACGUUGACUUGCCCAUACAGUUCUAAGGAUAAAAGCCUUUACAGGGUGUGGUGCAAGAGAGACCCCAAAGACCACGACUGCUGCACCGGCUUCGCCUUCACCGCCAAGGAAAGAAACUUGGAAGAUGGGAAUAUCCGUGUGCAGGACGACGGCAACGCCUUCAGCAUCUCCGUGGCGAAAUUGUCAGAUGGUGACGGGGUGUAUUGGUGUGGACUCAAGAACGGUACCAACAUUGUUAAGCUGGCUGAGGGCCAACUCUACACCACCCCGCCAGCUUUUGCCUGGUACGUCCUUCGCUGGGUGAUCUUCUUCCUGCUGUUUGCGGCAGUGGUGGGGACUUCGGUGUAUUCCAACAGGAAAGACAGACAGGGAGAGAUUGACAAAGUAUAUGCAAGUGUGGUCAUGGAAGGCUGACUGAAGACUGUUCAAUAUAUGCAGGCACAACUGACAAUGAAGCACAAAUCAGCUCAGGAUUUUCUACAGAAUCAUUUAAAAAAAAAAAAAAAAAAACUUUUAAAGUCUAGUACUAAACUUCAUCUGUCUGGAAAAAAUGCGCCAAUAAGUGACUACAAAAAUUAUUGUAUUUUUUAGGUAAAUAUAAAGGAAUAAAUAUUUGCUCAUACAUUUGUCAGUGAGAUGAAAUUGUUUACACCACCUAGUGGAGAAAAUAUUGUAUUGUAUAAAAAUUUUGGUACAACCUUACACCAUCUGGUGGAGAAAGUAUUUUCUAGAAAGAGUAUGACUAGAUCUAGUAAGAUGGUCUAAUCAUAUCGCUUUUGUUAUUUUAUGUUUAGACUUUGAUCAGCAAAUCUUUGUUCAGUACCUUGUGUAACUGUACUUACCACAAGCAAUACUGGAUAAUAAAGAAAAACACAGACGAUCUGGAGGAAAA